AUGGCACCCAAUAUUGUUGCAUCGAUAUCCAACCUACCGCCCGAAAUUUUGACCCCGAUCUUCCAACUCUUGGACCCAGCCAGCCUAAUAUCGCUCAGCCAAACAAAUGUCCAUUUGCGACGUGUCAUUCAACCAACGAAGCUGGAUUUAUGCGAGCGGCUGUUGUUCUUCGAAUCCACACAACAAGGAGGGAACACUGUACCGGUAUACGACUCAAGGACCAACACAAUCUACCCUGAGUGCUCCAAUAAAACUGAAUGGAAAUCGAUGUUAUGGGCCUGUGGCGACUGUCUCCGCAUGUUGCCUCAUACUGCGUUUGACAACCAUCGUAUUUUCGGGCUAAGCUACCGAAAACCUAUCCCUGGCUCGCCUAUGGUCACCAGAUUUACGAGUUGGGAACCGACGAGCAUAGGACGAGACCUUACUGCAGAUGAAGCUUGGCGCCUAAGACACCCUGGCAUCGAGAAUAAGAUUGAGGUAUUCCAAAAGAGAUACAGACUUGCUAUAACUUAUAUAAAUAAGUAUAUAAGCUGGGGUGAGCGACAAGCUCGAUUAGCCCAAUUUCAAGCAUGCGGAAUGGCCGCCUUUGCGGAGAUGUCGAUCGAAGACUUUGAUGAUUUAUCAAAGGACGAAAGAGACGAUUUGUUAAGCCAAGAAGCAUGUCUCAUCGAAUUUACGCAUUGUGGUCUUAUGCGUCACCGACGCAAAUGCAAUGAAUGCCGGUAUCAACAAGGCGACCUUAAUACUCGACCCCCAUGUAUGGGCUCUCCCAAAACCCCCGCCGUUCGAAGUCGCCUUCUACGGUGCGAAUCUAGAGCCGACAGAUAUCUUCCAGGACUAGCGAGAUGUCUGGUUAUCAAGAAUCAAUCGUUAGAUCAACCAAGUUUUGCUGUCUCGCCGGGUGAUACCGAUGAUGAACACUCAUAUUUGACAACGUACAUGAUUCGAUGCCCGGGCUGCUCGACAUGGAAAGAGUUACAUUCAUUCCGGCCUGGGAAGGAUUGGCAACGCGACUAUCAGCGUAAUCCUUCUGUGCAUUGCACAGAUAUGACAGAUGAAGAAAUAGGUCCACAGGAAACAAAUAAUCAAGAGGAGCUUCAGAAGUGGAACCACACCUCGGAAGACCAAGAGAUGUUUGACGAUAUGCGCUGCAACAACUGCUUUGUACAAGCCUAUGGUCGACAGGAACUCGGAAAGCUCUACAUCCCUUUGCUCGAAAAUUAUAUUGGGCGGCAGAAGAAAAGGUUGGUUGCGGGCAUAUAUGAGAAAUUGAGCAACCUUUCGGAAAUAUACUUAUGUCCUUCUAAAUGGAGGAAUGAGGCAUAUAACAUAAGUUGUGGAUAUCAUGGGAUAAUCGGAUCCAGUGAAUCUAGCGAUGAGUUUUUUUCGACGGGGAUGCUAUCUUGUUACAAGGCCAUGAUCAAAUUUUUGACUCGCACGAAAAAUGGGGGGAAGAAAAAUAAUUGUCGCAAUUGGCAUGGUAUGGAGGGUCAGGUGGACGGCAUGCGAAAGGAUUAUGAACAGAGGAUGGCGCAGUUGGAAUGGAUCAAAGACAUUCUUCUUCAAGUGAAAGAGCCGGGUGCCAUUGAGAAGACGGUUGAGUGGGCUCUAGGUAAUACUACUAGACUUCUAUACUUCUAG